AUGACCAACUCAGAUGAAGAGUUGACAACCUCAUAUGAAGGCAACAGCACAAGUACAGUCGAGUCUAGAAAUCUAGAUAGGAUACAAGAGGACGAAAGAAGAUACAAACAACAACAAGUAAUAGCACAUCGAUUGCAAGAACAGAAGGAUAAUGGUCCAAAGUGGGUACCGUUCAUAGCAGGUGGUGUGGCAGGUGUCACUGCCAAGACCAUCGUGGCGCCCCUCGAGCGUGUAAAGAUACUCUAUCAGAUCAGGAGCCAGCAUUACUCACACGGCAGUGUCGUUGGCUCACUCACCAAGAUCUUUGAGACCGAAGGACUCAAAGGUCUGUGGAGAGGCAACAACGCCACAAUUGCCCGAGUGUUCCCCUAUGCAGCUGUUCAGUUCUUCACAUACGAGAACAUGAAGAAGAGGCUCAAUACAGAGAAGGAUAUAUUCUCCCCGACUAAUUUGUUCCUCGCGGGAAGUGUGGCGGGAGGUGCUGCCGUGUUGGCAACAUACCCGUUGGACUUGAUCCGUGCGCGACUGGCGAUUGAGGUGACACCAGACAAAUACACGACGAUGAAGGAGUUGUUUGCAGACACGCUCAAGAAGGAUGGCGUGCGCGGACUGUAUCGAGGCAUUGAAUCAACGCUCGUGGGCAUCCUGCCGUAUGCUGGCAUCAGCUUCAUGAUGUUUGAGACACUCAAGAUGAACGCACCAUACAGUGGCUACAAUCAGGACGGUUCGCUCAAGGCUGAGUUCCGACUGUUUGCCGGAGGCGUUGCUGGCGGUGUGGCACAGACCGUGUCCUAUCCGUUCGAAGUAGUACGUCGCCGCAUGCAGACUCAUGGAUUUGGCGAUGGCAAAGUAGAGAUCGAUCUGAAGCAUUCCUCCAUCAGGUCAAUGUACAGGAUAGUCAAGGCGGAAGGAUUUCUAAGUUUAUACAAGGGAUUGAGCAUUAAUUAUAUCAAGGUGAUUCCAACAUCAGCAGUGGCAUUCUAUACAUAUGACCUAUGUUCCCAACUACUUUAUCGAUUGGCGAGCUAA